GCCUGGAGUUAGAAAAAUGUGACCCCGGGACCCUGAACGCCGCCGGGCUCCUUUGCCUGCGCUCCACCUGCUUGUCAGCGCCCAGCUGCUAGCCGGCCAUGGCCAGCCCAGCGCCCUUAGUGGCUUCCAUCAGCCACCAAAUGGUGGCUCUGCAGACCCUGCAGCUACUACAGCAGGAGUGGGGCUGGGGCGAGGGUCCUAGCGCCCCAGGGAGUCCGCGCGGCACGGACCACGUGCCCAUCGCCCAAGCUCGUCGCUCAGGCCAGAUGCGGACCCGGAGGGGGCUGGGACGCGGGAGCCCGGGAGCGCGGGGUUCCCCCGAGGCAGGCGGGCUGCGGGGCGCAGAGGGGGGCGCCGAGCUGCUGCCCUUCCCCAGGGACCGCGGCCCCUGUACCUUGGCGCGGAUGGCGAUGCGCAGCGCUCUGGCUCGCGUGGUGGAUUCGACCUCGGAGCUGGUCAGCGUAGAGCAGACCCUGCUUGGGCCGCUCCAACAGGAGCGGCCCUUCCCUGUCCACCUGAAGGACAGCGUGGAAUUUAGAAACAUCUGCAGUCACUUGGCUCUGCAGAUUGAAGGACAGCAGUUUGACAGAGACUUGAAUGCCGCUCACCAGUGUCUGAAAACCAUCGUGAAGAAGCUGAUCCAGUCCCUUGCUAAUCUCCCAUCAGACGCCCAUGUGGUUGCCUGCGCUUCCUUGAGACAGAUCUUACAGAAUCUCCCAGAUGUAUGAGCACAAGAGACAGCCAGACCACAGCUGACCCUGCCAAGAAAACA